AUGAUUUCAUCAUUCACGUUUCUCUAUCUCGUCUCCUUCGUGUUCUGGGUGACCGGGCACGUGGUGCCCAGCCUGUGGGACAGACCUGAAGAAUGCCUUUCCGAAGGCACAUGGCCUUGCCGAUGGAGCCCCCAUGUCUUCCCGAACACGGUGGACUGCUCGUGUGCCAAGACCGAGGCGGAGAUCAGCAAAAAUUUCAGCAGGGUCCCUUCGCCCUCCACUGAACUCUUGAAAUUCUUUCUGAGAGGUAACGCGUUGGUGAAGGAGAUACCUGACGGAGUAUUCAGGGAUGUCUCCUUCGAGCACAUAAUUGUAAACAACACCGCCCUGAGGAAGAUCCAUCCAAACGCCCUCUUGCCUUCCAAAGAUCGACUCGUAGAGCUGACGAUCCAGUACAGUCUCCUGGAGGACUUUCCCUUCCAAUUUCUUCCAAAAUUAUCCCGUCUGCGAUUCCUUCACCUCCAGACCAAUUCUUUGACCUCGGUCCCUGCCAUCAAAAGUGCCAGCCUGGAGGUUCUCUCCCUCUCCUUCAAUCACAUUUCAAGAAUUGAGGAAAGCGGUUGGGAGACUCCCAACUUGAAAUUCCUUCUCCUCAGUCUCACUCCAAACGCAUCGGUCUGCCUGAACAGGAACAAAAUCUCGAAAUUGGACGAAGCGGUGUUUCGACCCAUGCUGGAGGCCCUGUCGCAUGGAGAUGGGUCAAUAAACGUUCAUGGUGAGAGGGAACGCUUUCAGGUCUGA